GGACGUUUACAAAUGAUUUCAAAAUGUGGAAUUCCAAAAUGCAGGUUUAGCCUGAGAACAAAAUCCGAAUAUGUUUACGACCAAAAUGAUGUCCCAAUGAAAGCAAAAACAACUGGUCUCGGUAUUUAUCGGUCAAAUGAAAACGAUCAGUACAAUUAUAGUAAGUGCUACAUCGAUACGGCCAGUGUUCUGGACAAAUUCCAGUUUGACGAAAAUCCACUUUAUGCUGUUCUUAUUCUAAUGUGUAACAGAGAAGUUGAAGUGUUUUUUAGUGAGGAUGACAGACCUUACUUACCGAAUGUAAUCGGAUAUAUACAAAUUAGUUCAUGCCUUAUUACUCAGGAACAACUACGUCCUUUCAGAGACAGAUUUGUAAUGCAUUUUAUCAAUAUGUUAUUUAACUAUCCUCCGCAGGACUCUGAAUAUUGCAAAGGAAACCCCUUAAAUAAAAGUUAUUGUGAGAUAUGGAACACGAUUGAUGGUUUCAUAUGGGAACCACAGUUUUCAAAUCCAGCGGCAUCUGUAACACCACUUAUUAAUAUUUUUAAUUGUAAUUUAACAUUUCCCUCUGUGAGAGAAAUACAACUAACGAAGGUUCCUAUGAAACAGUAUUUACCGAAAUUACCAGAUUUGUUUCCAAGAUUACAAAUGCUUAAUAUUAUUAAUUCAGACUUGACAGAGCCUCCGGAUUUCCCAUGGAACGAUGAAUGGUUGCCACUUAGUUACAAUUUGUCAAGGACGAAUGCUCAUCAUUUUCAGUUUGCUGAACAGUUUAACAUAGAUAUGCCAAAAAACUUUUUUAGGAAAUCAAUGCAACUGAGUAAAAACAAUAUAUCAGACCUCAUGACUCAUAACUUCGAAGGCUUUCUGAUAUCACUUGAUUUAUCAGAGAAUGGACUCAAAGCAGUUAGCGAGUUUACAUUUAGAAACAUUCGAGGUCUUCAGCAUCUUGAUUUGAGCCGAAAUAAUUUGCUAUUAAUUCCGAGGAAUGCUUUUAAAAAUCUUACAGAGUUGCGCCAUCUGGAUGCAAAAGAUAAUCUUUUAUCUCACCUCUCAAGGUAUCUGUUAUCCGAUAACAAAGCUUUGGUGUACAUAGAUUUUUCGAAAAAUAAGAUAAGAACAAUUGAAUCAAACACAUUUUCUCAUUUACAAUUUCUUAGAGAACUUCACUUAGAAUACAAUGAAAUCACAGUUUUACACCAACAAUGUUUUCCAAGUCAGUCACUUAAAUUUAAGAAACUUUUUCUAGAUGGCAACAGUUUUUCUGAAAUCCCAACAGCCGUAUUUCAUUUGCAGUCUUUGGAUAAAAUUAGUAUCACAAACUCAAGUAUAAGAUUUCCAAAUUUCACUCGAACAAUGUUAGACAUAAAAUGGAUGUUUACACAGGAGGAUGGAGAGGAAACACCCGGCACCCCAGAUAAUACGAAUUCUGACAAUAAGCAGCAAACUGAUAUUUUUCAUAAAGUAGUUUUAGACCUCACUGGUAACAAAAUUGACAACCUCAAUCUACCUUAUUACAAUUUAAACGAUGUAAGUGAAAAAGAAACAAAACAACUACACAAUAUUCUCCUGUUGUUCUUGCAAACGUUUCAGAUUCAGCUGGAGAACAACCCUCUUCGUUGUGAUUGCGGAAUAAACCAAAUAUCUAAAGUAGUAAAUCAUUUCUUAGAGAAGAAAUUAAUUAAAGAGGAUAUAUAUUUCAAUACGUGGAAAUGUUUCUCACCAACUGAAUUUCAAAACCGUCCACUUUUAGAAAUAAAAGAGGAAGACACAUAUUGUGAGAAAAACAUGUCUUUCUGCCCGACAAAUUGUACCUGCUUUGAAAGAUCUAUGAGCAGAAUAAAUAUUAUAGAUUGCCGGGAUCAUGGAUAUCGCAAAUUACCAAUACGUUUACCCUCUGGAAUUUUAGAUCUUUGGUUUGAUAAAAACAAUAUCACCACAUUAGAUAAUAAAGAAUACAUGGACCGAAUUAGAACAUUGAACCUCUCCCGUAAUAAUAUUGCACGCAUUGAACCAGGAGUAUUUAAGCAAAUGAAAAAUAUUCAAGAACUCUCUUUAAAUUCUAACUUUCUUGUUUCUCUACCUGCUGAGAUUCAGAUAUAUUUCUCUGGAUCUAUUUAUCUAGAAGAUAAUCCAUUCAAAUGUGAUUGUCACACAAAGUGGUUAAAACAAUGGAUGACGCAACGUGCAGAUAUCGUGGUCGACUCCCAGAAAGUUACAUGUAAUGUUGAUGAAGAAAAUAGGGAAGGACAGAAAUUGAUUUUUGUACCAGAUAGUGAUUUCAUCUGUUUGGAGGACUAUGAUUCCCACAAUAAGGUCUUUAUUCCUACAGUUGUGUGCUCCGUUUUGCUGGUAGUACUGAUAGUAACCGUGUCCGUCUUAUACAUCUAUAGACUGGAAGUAAAAGUUCUGCUAUAUGUUUACCUUGGAUUUCAUCCCUUCGAUCAGGACAAAGAUUGUAAAGAAGUCAUUGACGUGUUAGUCGUACAUUCUCCUAAUAUAACGGACUGGGUCAUGGAAAAUAUUGUCGAGUAUUUGGAGUUCUGUAAUUCACAUUAUUUGGUUUGUGAAAUGAUGAGAGAUUUUGUUGCUGGUUUUUCAUAUCAAGAAAACGUUGCAACGUUAGUAAAACAUAGUAAAAGAAUCAUAAUAGUGCUUUCAAAAGACUUCCUGAAUGAAGAUAUACUUAAAAUUGCAUGGAAUGAAUCUCAGGAAAAGAUAAAAGCACAGAAAGCCAAUUAUGCUAUCGUUGUUUCACAUAAUGCAAAUAUAAAAGAAAUCCAAAUCAAGGAAUUGAAGCAAUAUGUAAAGGGAGGACGAAACAUUGAAGCCUCACUAAGCCUCUUUCAGGAAAAACUUUUGUAUUGUAUGCCACAACUGAAAAAUGAUGAAACUAGACUCAAAAGCUUACCUGAUUUAAAGUAUCUUAUUCAGCAUAUGUACGGAAGUGAUGUUAACAAUGCCGAAAUGUAUGAACGUCAUGCAUUCGUAUCUUACGGUGAGAGUAAGAUGGGUUAUGUUAUGAACGAACUGAGGCCUAUAUUGGAGGACAAUGGAUUUACACUGUGUCUCCCUGAUAGAGAUUUUAUCCCAGGGGCACCGAAGGAAGAAAACGUCCUAAAAGCCAUCGACAACUGCCUCCAUACAAUAUUUCUUUUGUCUGGAGAACAGUUGGACAAUGAGUGGUCAAUAUUCACGUUCCGGUCUGCCAGUGAAAAGUCAAUGAGGGAGAAAUGCAAUCAUCUGAUUGUUGUUCUCGGGGAUGACGUUAACUUGGAUACCAUGUGCGAGGAGGUCAGGGCAUAUGUGAAAACUCACGUUUCUUUAUGUGUGAAGGAAAAGGGGUUUGUUAAACAGUUACUAAAUGCUCUACCUGAUAUUGAGGAUCACGAACUUUACAUCCGAAAUGAUGAAAAUAAUUUUGUCAAUUUUGAAAACCUGCAUAAUGAAAGUGAAUACUGGCACGAUGACACUGCUCCUGGAGUCAUUGAAGAGAAAAAGAAUGGGUAUGUGAACGGUGGGAAACAAAAUGGCAAACUUCAUGUAUCUGAUAUUCACUUGAAUGGGUUCCAUCGUUAUGACAACAAAGCUUUUGAAGGACACGGGUCUUAGGAAAAUGCCAUAUAAGGAUUGUGAAAAUAGCCAGAAAAUUUGAAUCUUUCGGAGAACAAUCAUGUCUGUCUUGUAAUAGACUGUAUGAAAAAGAAUCAUUCAGCAAAGAGUUGGAGGGGGGAAAAGUCUAAAAUAGAAUAGAAAAAGAGGUGCUAUGUCAAAUUACUGGGAGCAUUUAUUAUUUUAGACGUAAUAAGCUGUAAUCCUUUAGAUUUAUUUAUCAUAUGGUAUAAUUGUGAGAUUUUAUCAAAAUAUUUUCGUUUCCUCUUCAUUUUUUCUCUAAUUGAAAAAAAAAAUCUUUCCAUUUCUGUUUCUUUUUUAACAGUUUCAUGUACGUUUGAAAUAUCACCAACUAUGUGAAAGAUACACUGAGUGGAGCCUUCUUUUUUAAAAUAAGUAUUUCAAUGCAAAGGUAGAAAAGAAUGCUCUAAUUAUUCAUUACCAAUGGUUUAAUGUGAAUCACUGUUAUUUUUUUUUUUACAGGUGUUGGUUUGUAUGUAUAUAUAUUUUUACUGAUUACUAUAUCUACCUCUUGUUUCAAAAGCUUUACUAACUUUACCAAACACGUUUACCUCCCUUGUUCAUAAGUUAUUCAAAGGUUUAUAUUGUUGCUUUCACGCAAUGUUUUAACCGUUUACUUUAUUGUGUAAUUAUCUUCAAUAAACAAGGUUUCAUUAAA